UACACACAAACUGCAACAGCAGACUCAAAGCACUUAACAUUCUGCCCUCUUUCCAACAUCUUCUUACCACCUGAUAAAAGAAAAGGGGAACAAUGACCGGGCAUCACUGGGGGUAUGGGGAGGACGACGGUCCAUCUGCAUGGCACAAAGACUAUCCCAUUGCUGAGGGUAACCGGCAAUCGCCCAUUGAUAUAACACCUUCCCAAGCAGUAUAUGAUGCCAGACUGUCUCCUAUCUGGCUGUCUUACGAUAACUGCACCUCUGUCAGCAUAUCAAACAAUGGCCACUCUGUGGUAGUGGAGUUUGUUGACACAGAUGAGAGAUCAGUGAUCCAGGGAGGUCCCCUGGGCAAUGUGUACAGACUUAAACAGUUUCACUUCCACUGGGGAGGCAAGGGUUGCAGUGGCUCUGAGCAUACAGUUGGUGGGAAGACCUACGCUUCAGAGCUUCAUCUUGUUCAUUGGAAUGCUGUAAAGUACAAGUCGUUUGCUGAGGCCGCAGAAGCCCCUGACGGCCUGGUUGUCCUUGGCAUCUUUCUGGAAAUAGGUGAUGAGCACAAUGGUCUUCAUAAGAUAACCGAUUCCUUGUAUAUGGUUAAAUUCAAGGGAAGUGUUGCUGAUUUUAAGGGCUACAACCCAAAGUGCCUCCUGCCUAGUAGUUUGGACUUCUGGACAUACCCAGGCUCUCUCACCACUCCUCCACUAAAUGAGAGUGUAACAUGGAUUGUACUGAAGGAACCUAUUUUUGUGUCUGAGAAACAGUUGGGAAAAUUCCGAACACUGCUUUGUAAUGAAGAAGAAGAAGAGGAUCGGAAACGCAUGGAGAACAAUUUUCGACCACCACAACCAUUGAAAGGCAGGAAAGUGCGGGCCUCCUUUAAAUAGCUUGGUUGCUUAUUGGUAACUUGGACCCUUCCAGAUCUACAACUCUGAUCAAAUGUUUUUCCAGAAACUGCUCAAGAAUCAGCUCUGACAUGACUGAUUGUCACACUACAAUCUAUGACUCCUUGAAUGUGCAAAACAAAAAUCCUUCUGCAUACUUUCAAAUUCAGGUACUGUUCAUUAACAAAGCUGUAAUAAAAAUAGAAAUACUGGAAAUACUGAAUUGAAUCAAAGUGAUUGCAUUCAUGUGCUUGUUAAUUAGAAGAAUGUCAGACACAACAGAGAAUUGUAAAGAUUAGGUGCAAACUCUUGUUAAUUUUUUAUAGUAGCCUAUGUAGAAUGAAUACUCCUUGUAAAUUCAGUUUGGUAUGUUUUUGAAGUUCUUUAUACUACACAGCUAAGAGAUGGGUGAUGAGAUGACCUCAAACAAAGUGUAGUUUGACUUUGACGCUGAGCUCUUUGAAUCCAAGUCUCUUCAUGUUUAGAUCCCUUCUCAUCCACAUUGAUUAGGCUUCUGAAAACAGAUUCUAGUUGCAAGUGUCUCCAACAAAGUCUUUUGUUAACUAUAUCUGGUGUCCUGUAUGCCUCGACCUGACGAUAAAAGGAUGGCAUCCUAUUAACACUGAAAAUUUAAUGAAUACACUCGAAUGUCUGUCUAAUAUAGAGAGUUGAUAUUACUGUUGAUCCUAAUUUUAGGCUGUAUGUUGGUUCAGUUGUUCAGACUCUAUGGAGGA